CCAUUUCUGUCGGCUUUCAGUUAUUCUCGGUCGCAGAGCGUAAUUAGUGAACGGUUUCAACUACAGUCUCUAAAGGCCAAAAUGGCGGACUACAACUAUGGAGGUUCCGAAGAGGAGAACGCGGAGAUCAAGAAGCUGGAAGCCGAGUUGCUCGACGACCCGGAUAAUUUUGAGACCUGGGAGCGGCUCGUUCGCGCUGCCGAGGCCCUCGAAGGAGGCGUCAACCGCAACUCCAACCCGCAAGCGAUAACCACAGUGCGCAACGUCUACGACCGGUUCCUGGCCAAGUUCCCGCUGCUGUUCGGAUACUGGAAGAAAUAUGCCGAUCUGGAAUUCUCCAUCACCGGAACCGAAGCUGCGGAUAUGGUCUACGAACGAGGCGUUGCUAGUAUCUCGUCUUCCGUCGACUUAUGGACCAAUUACUGCACCUUCAAGGCCGAGACUUCCCACGACACAGACAUUAUCCGAGAGCUUUUUGAACGAGGAGCGAACUGUGUCGGGUUAGACUUUCUCUCCCACCCAUUCUGGGAUAAAUAUAUUGAAUACGAGGAGCGUGUCGAGGGGUACGACAAGAUAUUCGCAAUUCUAGCCCGUGUCAUUGAGAUACCGAUGCACCAGUAUGCCCGCUACUUUGAGCGCUACAGACAGCUUGCGCAAACGCGCCCUGUAGCGGAGCUAGCACCCCCCAAUGUUAUAUCGCAAUUCCGCGCCGACCUCGACGCCGCAGCCGGAAUUGUUGCUCCAGGCGCAAAGGCAGAUGCUGAGAUUGAGCGUGACUUGCGUCUCCGUUUGGAUGGAUAUCACCUGGAAAUAUUUUCAAAGACGCAGACUGAGACUACUAAACGCUGGACAUACGAGUCGGAGAUCAAGCGACCGUAUUUCCAUGUCACGGAGUUAGAUGAAGGCCAAUUGGCCAACUGGCGAAAGUACCUCGACUUCGAAGAGGCCGAAGGCUCCUACGCUCGAAUUCAGUUCUUGUAUGAGAGAUGUCUUGUGACAUGCGCUCAUUAUGACGAGUUCUGGCAGCGUUACGCCAGGUGGAUGUCUGCUCAGCCCGGGAAAGAGGAGGAUGUGCGGAAUAUCUACCAGCGCGCAAGCUAUCUAUAUGUUCCCAUUGCCAACCCGGCAACUCGCCUACAGUAUGCGUACUUUGAGGAGAUGUGCGGACGAGUCAGCGUGGCGAAAGAAAUCCACGAAGCAAUUCUUAUCAAUAUUCCCAACCACGUUGAAACAAUUGUCUCCCUGGCUAACAUGUGCCGUCGUCACGGCGGUCUUGAAGCCGCCAUUGAAGUGUACAAGUCCCAACUUGACUCCCCGCAAUGUGAAAUGAGCACCAAGGCCGCCCUUGUGGCUGAAUGGGCUCGGCUAUUGUGGAAGAUCAAGGGUUCGACUGAGGAGGCUCGCCAGGUCUUCCAAAAGAAUCAGCAAUACUACCUGGACAGCCAGGCGUUCUGGCACAGUUAUCUCACGUUUGAGCUGGAUCAGCCUACAAGCGCUGCGACAGAAAGCGCCCAGUAUGAGCGGAUAAAGCAAGUUGUUGAAGAUAUCCGGUCGAAGAGCGCUCUGUCGUCGAAUGUUGCCAGGGAUCUUGUACAGAUCUACAUGGUAUACCUUCUCGAACGCGGUACGCAGGAUGCUGCGAAGGAAUACAUGACCCUUGACAGAGAAGUACACGGUCCCGCGUCUGUAUCCAAGGCGAAGACUGGAGGCACAGAACCAGUGUCUCAUACCGCACCCCAGGUUCCUCCUGUGACUCCGGCCCCUCCUAUUAUUCCUACGCCCCAAGUCAACCCGUACAACUACUAUCCACAACAGAGUCCUGUCAACGGGGGCUAUGGGAAUGCCUAG